AUGGGGGGAAGGGUUAGUGUUAGCAAGAAGAAUGAGAAAAAAUGUCCACAAAAACAUGUAAAGAAUUUGAAAGAGAAAGUGAGAAUUCUACAAGAUGAAAUAAAGGAGAUGGUGAGUGAGAGAGAGAAAGAGAGUAGAAAGUAUGAGAGAGAGAUAAUGGUGUUUACUUUCAAGGAAGCAGAUUGGAAACAAGAGAUGAAGAGGAUGAGAGAGGAAGUGAAGAGGUUGAGGGAAUUGGUGAAAGAGAAGGAAGAGAAGAUGAGAGAGAUGGAAGAAGAUGGAAUUGUGGAGAAGAAUUGUGAGAAGGAAUGGGAACUAAUGGGGACUAAGCUUUUGAUUCAAGAGAUGAAGGAGGAGAGAGGAAGAAGAGAUGAAGCUGUUGAGAAAUGGAAACAACUUUAUCUUGCAAUUAAGACUGAGUUGGAUGAUCUCAUUCAAAGAACUUAUGAUGGAGAUGGUGUGUAUUGGAAAACAGAGGAAAAUGACAUUGAAAAUGAGAAUCUGAAGAAUGAAUUGCAAGAAAAAGAAGAAAGCAUGAAAGCAUUAAAAGCUAAACUAGUUUCAGUGGAGAAAGAAAGGUACAAACAAGAGAGGGAAUUUGACUUGUUAAGACAAAGUUUGAGGAUCAUGAAUGGCAAGAAAAAUUCAAUUCAAAUUAAAGAGAAGAAGCGUUUGAAAAGCAAAUUGGGAAAAUAA